ACACUUGUUGCUGCCGUCUAACCUUCAAGAUGUCCGCAACGGGUUGCAUGGCGUUGAUGGUCCUGGUGCUUGCCGUUGCUGUCGUUGCCCAGGAGGACUACUGUAAUCCGGACCUCUGCAACGCUGGAGUGGUCCACACUGGGUGCAAAAAUCCGAACGAGUUUUCCGACAACUGCAAGGAGCUGGACGCGUCCAAGUUUACGUUCGACGAUAAGCUAAAGAAGGUACUGCUGGACGAGUUCAACGGGUACAGGAACCAGGUGGCCAAGGGCGAGAUCAAGUGGCUGCCGAAGGCCGCCAACAUGGUCCGGAUGGACUGGGACGACGAUCUGGCCUACCUGGCGCAACUCCACGCCAACAACUGUCCCUUUGGUCAUGACGUGUGUCGCAACACGAAAAAGUACCCGGACUCUGGCCAGAACAUCGCAAUUCACGGGCUGAUGAGUGACACUCCGGAUCCGGUGGCGACCAUCAAGGAGCAGAUGAAGAUGUGGUGGGACGAGCGGCAGCACGCCACGAAGAAACUGAUCAAGAAGCUGCCGUGGGACGCUCCGGCAGGGCACUUCACGAUGAUGGUCCGGUCGAACGCGAACCGCGUUGGAUGUGCGAUGGUCCGGUUCAAGUCCAACGAUUGGUUCUACUGGGCGGAAUUGGUGUGCAACUUUUCCUACACCAACAUGGUCGGAACGCCGGUCUACAGUGCUGGAGAGCCGUGCUCGGAGUGUAAGACGGGAUGUGAUGCCGAGUUUGACGGGUUGUGCAACAAGGAUGAACCGGUUGAUCUGGGGGCAUGAUGUGGAUUUGAGAUAAUGUGACAUACAUUACUGUAUAUUAUACAUAAUGAAUCGUUGUUUUCAUAACAUAAACAAAGCUUAAAAUAUUAAAAAAUGUUUAAUUGGUAGUUUAACUUGAAA